UGAAGGCUGAUGAAAUUGACAUCAUUUAUGAGAAACAAGAGGAGCCGCAAUCUUUUGUUUUGUUUUGUUUUGAUGUUGAUUGCACCACAUUUCCUCACCUAAGUUAUCAACGGUAUAUUCUAUGAUCUUCCCAUUUUGUGCAGAAGUUUUAAGGUUGUGGAGCUAAAGUUGCGAGAAGGGUAAUACCUAGAUCAGUGCUAGCCUUGAAGUCCAGGAAUCGUGGACACCAGUCUAUUUCUCAGUUUAUCUGAUAAAAACCCAUGGACUCUGUAUAGCAAGGAGUGGCCGUGCUUAAAAUUUACGGUGAGUAGUAAAUUGAGAUCAAAGGCAACAACGUUUGCUCGUAAAAGAGAUUAUUUUCAUGUACAGCUUAUGCUAGCUUUUAAUACCUUUUGUUUGACUGCAUGGUCUUCAUUUGCAUAUCUGUUAGUGAUUUUGUUCUUAAGUAAGCUUGUUCAAAGUAAGCUUAUACCAGUUGCUUGGUGGAUUCAAAAUUGGUUUCGACCUUUCUCCAUGUAAACCUUUCCAGUGGUGCCCUGGGUUAUUGCCUAAGUUUGAUAAUGUCUCAUGUCAGCAUAAUUAUUAAAGGUAGCAAAACAUGUUCUAACAAAAUGUGGAUUUACAUGUUAUAUUGCUCACUGUGGUGAGCAUGAUAGGCUCAUAUAACUGUUUGGCUCCUUAUAGCCACUAGCUUUUGUAGUUAUUGAUCGUAUCUACCCUGUAUAAUGGUGGUCUUAAAUGUGGCUAAAUGAAAUUUAGGCUAAGUUAAAUUUGAGACAGUGCUGUAAUUUGGACAGGUUUAAAUUGACACUGGGCUACUCUGUUGUUUAUAACUUAUUUCCUUGUGUGUUUUCAAUUAAUGCAGAUCACAAACCCUCUGUCAAAGAAUGAGUGCUGCAGCAGAAACGAUAAAUGUAGAAGAGAAAUUUUCGGGGACAUCAUUAAAUAAUAAAAAAAGAGGAUCAUCACCAGAUGGUGCAGAAAACCUGUUUGCUCCAGACAGUGAAAGUGAGCUUUACCUUGAGGAAAAUGGAACUUUUAAUGGGACAGAACAUGCCAUUGAUCAAAGGGUAAGGUCUCAUGUCUAAAACCAACACACCAAAUCCAAAGCACAUCUGAUUCUGAUGUGCCUUAGUUAUGUUUGGUAUCUCUCUUUUGGACAUAGAUAUCAGGAUAUCGUUAGUAUGAACGAUGAUGAAAGAAGAAAUUUCUUGUCUUUGCAUGGUGGAUAACAUUGUAGUAUUAUCAUAAGGGAUCAAAUCAUUUGUCAAGUAGCCACUUCCAAGAGGAUGAAAACAGUGGAGAAUCAGCCUAAAAAGUGGUCAAAGAAAUUUAAAGGAAGUGGUCACUUAUGAGGGUUUCCAAGUGCUUUGCACUGGCUGGAAAAGUUUGGUAUUUUGGCUAAAUAAAGUAGUGGCGUACCAACAAAGAGAGAUGUGACUGGAGGUUCAAUUUAUUGCAGGACUGUAAUGUUUUGGAUCUGCAAGAUGAUUUCUCACUAUCUUUCCUUUUGGCUUCUUUUUUGUUCUUGUUGAUGUGCAGAUCCCAAAGUUAUGUUUGAAAAAUACAUGCAAUUAUGAAAACAUUGGUGUUAAUCAUUUAGGUGGCUCUGAUCAGCCCAAAUGAUGAACAGUUUGAUCUUUUGCUCCAUAAACUUAAAGAGAGGUUAGAAGAAGGGCACGGAGAAACUAUAUAUGAAAUUGGAGUGGGAGGUGAGUCUGUUUGGUUCCCUUGUACAUUUAUGUGAAUCAUUUUAGCUUUAUGAAUUAUUGUCAUGUCAUGCUAUUAUUGACGUAACCCUUGUUGUCAGUGAUAUUAUCACCAUCAUAAUCAUCAUAAUUACAUCAUGAUUAUCAUUAUAAUCAUCACCAUGGUGAUCAUAAUCAUCAUCAUCAUCAUCAAUGUCAUCAUCAUCAUCAUUACCAUCAAUUGAAUUCAAAUUGUUAUGGGUUAACACAUUUUUAACUCAUAAAUCCCCGUAUGGGCAAUUUUCAGGAGUUAUUGCUGUGGGAUGUGAUAUGGAAAUGAGUCACUCACUCACUUUGUGGACUCGGGUCGGUGCGUCUCUUUUAAGUGGGCAGGGGUUUCAUUAAGAAUAGCAGUAGCAGGAGAAUAGUGUAAAGUAACAGGAGAAUAUUUUUGAAAGAGCGAAGAACUUUCCCGGAAAGAGCUUGAAAACAAUCCUGGAAAUUUUGCGUUUUAAACCCUGCUGAGUUUGAUAGCAAAUUUUUAUUUCUCGUAGCUGCGGAGAAUUAUGCGUCGUAGACGGAGAAUUCUCCGAUCUCCGAUGCUUAAUGAAACCCCUGAGUGGGAACCACCUCUUGCAAAAUUUUACUUUUAUGGCAAAUUUCUAGAAAAUGUAAAAUCCCACCCAUACCUAGGAGUUGAGAUAGAUAAUAGACUUAGAUGGAAGGAUCACAAAUACUUCAUGUCAUCACAUGAAUGUUUUUUCUUUUACAAUGCAUUUACGAGUUCCUCCCAGUUUUUACUUUGAUUGGGAAUCUUAGUCUGUUGUCGGUAGGUAUAAUCAGGCCAAAAAGGCUUUUAGCCAGACAUUGAAAACUGGCCAUCCAGAAGGCAUGUUUUUCCAUCAAAUUAUAAGAGAUUAAGUGGAUUUUCCUCGUAUUUCUUCCAAAAUGAGCAUCCACAGGAUGGCUGAACACCCUUCUGGCUAAAACCCUGAGGCUAAACCUGAGUUUGUAUCAUAUCAUAGCCUCUCUCAGGGUUAUCAAUAUAGUUAUCAAUGCCCAAAACAAGUUGUUGGUUACUUUUAGUGUUUGAGUUGGGUACUGUAAAAUUUGCACUGCAAAGAAGGGUUAGAUGUAAACAGAACAACUCUUCUUUUAAUUUUUGGUAGGUAUUUUUUGUGCAGUGAUUAAUGAAAUACCGUAAACUGCCACUUUUAAGCCCUGGGCUUAAACAAGUUCGUAAGGGGUUUUGGGUGGGCUUAUAAACGGGGGAGCUUAUAUCCGGAUGGGCUUAUAAGUGGACGAAAAAAAACGUUUCGAAAUGAGCAACAGCACUGUUGAUCGACGUAUGAUUUAAAGUUAUUACUCUUACAAUAUUAUUGAAGCCUUUAAAAGGCAGCAAUUAAUCGAAUUCAGUUUAAUUUCAAAACAAAAAAACUGGAGGGGGCCUUAUAUCCGGAUGGGCUUAUAAUUGGAUGUAUUUUUUUGUUUGCAUGUAGGUGGGCCUAUAACCGGGGGGGCUUAUAAGCGGAUGGGCUUAUAAGCGGCAGUUUACGGUAUUACACAUGUUAUGGUGCAAUUUUUUUUUGGUUUCAUGUUUUUUUAUUAAACAUUACCAAAUGUUAAUUGUACCUUCCAAUAAUCUCUUCAAUGUCCAAAUUAGAUGGAACAGCUAGCGGCCUCAGUGCUGAAGAUCUCAAAGCAUCAGCAGAUUCUUUAAAGUUGCUAGCUGAAACAUGUGAUGCUGAUGUUGUCUUGCUGAGAGAGAAACCAGCAGAAGAGGGUACUGUUGCAGAGUAUUUAGUGCGAGUCAGGGCAGAUGAGAAUGAUUUCAUGGAAGUGAGGUGAGUACUUUGAUAACUAAAAUAAUGUAUUUAGUUAAAGUUCUUGUUUUCAAGACAGCAUGCAGUGGCGAACAGGCUACUCUACAAUGCGGAAAUGUGGUCUCCCACAAGGAUUCUUUAUGAACCUUGAUGGAAUUGCUGGGCCUGUACCUGUUUGAUCUGGGACAUGUUGCACUUAAGCUGGAGUAGGUGAAUUGGCAAAUCUGAGUUCUAUGGAAACCUACCUAGGAUAGGGCUGAAAACUGUUGUUUAUUGCUGCAGGACUACCUAAGAAAUCAUAAAUUGUGUUUUGUUUGGGCAAUCAUCACAUUGGAGGAUACUAGUUGAAAUGUAAACAAAUGGAAAUACUUCAUAAAGGAUAUUAAAUAAAACAAGAAGGGUGUUCAUCAGUGGCCAAUCGUGAGUGAAUGUUUGAUGCAUAGUGUCGUCAUUGGAAUUUAAGAGGAAAUGGUACCUCACUUUUUGUGGACAUUUUGAUGGAAAUGUUUGAUUUCUUACCAACAUAUAUGUUGGCCUCCAGUAUUCCAAUUCCAGUGAACAUUUAGAAUCAUUUACUUUUCAAAAGCUUACUUCACUGAGUUAAAGAAGUUACGGAAGAAUACCUGGAUCAUUUGUCUCCCUUUUAAUCAGAGUUGCAGUGGUAGGUAAUGUAGAUGCUGGCAAGAGUACCUUACUUGGAGUACUUACCCAUGGAGAACUGGACAACGGAAGAGGAAUGGCAAGACAAAGGUUGUUUCGCCACAAACAUGAAAUGGAAUCUGGCAGAACCAGCAGUGUUGGCAAUGACAUUCUUGGGUUUGACAGCAAGGGAGAUGUAGUUAACAAGCCUGAUAGUCAUGGUAAAUUUUCAAGCCAUUUGCUUGCGAAAGGGAUAGUCAUAUAAAAUGUGGCUAUGCCUCUUUUCCUUAGCAUUUGCAAAGUAGAAAACAUCUUCCAUGUAUGAAUAGCCUGAUAUAAACAUGCUUAGGUGUUGGGAGAAUUUGAAACAGUUAUGCAAACCCGAGACAAAGUCUAGCUAGAAUUCUAUCAACCCCUCAAGUGUUUAUAUCUAUGCAUACACAGUAAACAAGUUUUCUGUUGCUUUUAUAAAAUAAAUUUCCCAAGAAAAAAAAGCAAAAAUCUUUGUUUAUGGCACUGAUUAAAAGAGAAAUUCUUACCAGUCAUGAAGUGUUGUACAUGACAUGGAUAGUGAUUUAUCCAGUGGAUAGCGCUAUCCAUCUUUUGAACAACUGGAACCAGAAGUAACAAUAAAUUCAUAAUUCCUUAUUACAUUUUUGUUUUUGUCAGGUGGCGGACUUGACUGGUCCAGAAUAUGUCAAAAGUCCUCAAAGGUAUGUGUCAUAAAUAAUCCAAAAGCUUCCAAACUUGCCUAUAACCUCCUUUUCCCGAUCUGCUACUGAAGACAUCCUCAUAACCAAGCAUAUUAAUAUAAAUACGCUGUUUUUCUUUCCAGGUUAUCACAUUCAUUGAUUUGGCAGGUCAUGAAAGAUACUUAAAAACAACCAUUUUUGGCAUGACAGGACAUGUUCCAGACUUUGCAAUGUUGAUGGUAAGUACACACCUAUGCCUUGCCUGCAUUCCAUGUUCUAUCCCAACAGACUCAAUAAAUUAACGGAAAUGUGUUUCAAAUUUCCCUUCAACCUGAAUGGCAUUUUUAACAGGCCAAUCAUGGCUCGUACUCAAAUCCUGGUACACAGGUGAGGGCCUAGAAGAAGGAUUUGGGUGCUGUUCACAGACGGACUUAACCGGAAGUUACCAUUAAUUUCUGUCUGUGGCAGAGGCUAACCUAUAAAUGUACCAUGCAUGUAUAAUGUUAUUAUUUCUUUACUGAAAGGUUAAUGACAUACAUAAAAUAUUUCAGAUGAAAGAGUACAGCCAAACUCCAGUGAUACAGACACUGAGGGGGCAGUCAGUCAUGUCCAAUACUGCCGCACUCUUACGGACCGUUAAGAGCAGUUAACGGACCGUACAUUCUGCACAAACCGUCACUAUUACUCACGGUCCGUAUGCUGAGCACAUACGGAGCGUGCAUCUCAUUAUUACAUGAGAGCACAAUGCGUUACGGUUCAUUCGAUCCGUACGGUCCGAAGACUUACGUAGCCUGCAUCUCAUUAUUACAUCAGGGCACAAAGCGUUACGGUUCGUUCGAUCUGUACAGUCUGUAGACAUACGGAGCGUGCAUCUCAUCGAUCGGUACAGAUCGACACAUGGCUUAUACAGACCGUUACGGUGCGGGUGUAUUGGACAACCCUCUGAGGGGGCCAUAGAAAGUGUCUGUAUAUAAUAUUGGGCUGUCCAAAAAAUUCCAAGUCCCGGUGACAAAGCAAACUGUCCGUAAUAAUGAGAUGUCUGUAUUAAGCGGGUAUCCGUAAUGCAGGGAACAACUGUAAAUGAAGGCAUUUAGGGGUUCCCAGUCAAAGCAUAGUCAUGGCCCAAAAAGCUAGAUUUUAAACUGAAUUUCUGCAUCUAGAAAAGACCUUGUUCUUCUAGAUAUUAUUCUCCCUGGUUCGUUGGUACCUACUUCUACACCUGGGUGGGAAGAGACAACCUGGACCAUAUUUCUUUUCAUUCUAGAGAGAGUCAAGGUGAAAAAACAGAUAUGUAUUUCAACACAUCAAUGACACUUCUACAUUGCCACCCAUUUACUAAAGAGUAAGUUAUCCUCAGUGAGACUUUGACAAAGAAGUUUUUAACAAAUUCAACUGGACUCUAAAUCCAUGAUAUCAGUGUUGCUCCUCUCUGCAAUUCAAUUUUUAAAAUGCCAUCAGUUAGUAAUGUUUACUAUAUUAAAUUACAGUUUCCUUUACACUAAUUUUCCCUCAUAGAUUGGAUCAAAUGCAGGAAUUAUAGGAAUGACAAAAGGUAAGAGUGGGAACCGCCAUUUCACAUAGUCAUCCACGCCAAGCGAAGGUCUCUCCAUUUUCAAGGCAGAGGCAGAACCUUCAUUUUAUAGUUUUUAUUUAACUCCAGAGAAUUAGUCUGGCCCUGGGAGUCGAACCCUUGACCCCCCACCCUCGACAAUCAAGCACUCUACUACAGAGCUAAUCCUGCUUGCAGUUGUUAUAGUCAUAAAAAUGUCUGAAAAGCACUGUUCAAAGAUUUUUCUAAUUUUUAAUAUCAUUAAAGUGCCUUUAAAGAUUCUUGCUUUGAAUUAAAAUGAAUAUUUUCUGCAAAAGGAAUUAAAGGCAAAAGAAUGUUAUCUCUUGAAUUUUAGGGAAAACAAUGUUACCCCUCAAAUUUGACAGUUGAUUUCCCUUUCUCUCUUUUAAAAGCAAUAUUUCUUCCUCUGAAAACAAAAGGCAUUAAAUCUGUCUAUGUUGCAAAGGUUGCAGUGGGAAUUUUUUAAGGUCAUUAUAUUUUACUGAAACAAUAUUCCUUAUGAGAUCUUGGUUGGUUGUUACACAAUUUGGCCUUAUUUUGUUUAGAGCACCUUGGCCUGGCCCUUGCACUGAAUGUCCCAGUGUUUGUUGUUGUUACCAAGAUUGACAUGUGCCCUGCAAAUGUGCUACAAGAUACUAUGAAACUCCUGACCAGGAUUCUCAAAUCUCCUGGUUGCCGUAAAAUCCCUGUUAUUGUACAAAACCCUGAUGAUGUUGUUGUGUCAGCAACAAACUUUGUUUCCGAGAGGUGAGUGAAUAGCUUUUUUCAGUUUCAGUUUAUUUAUUUUGCCAGAAAAAAGUAUAGAGUCAAUCAAUAUAUUACAAAAAUGAUAGUUAAAGAUUAAAAGUGGUGUAAAUUACAUAAGUGGCAAGAGGUGAAUCAGCUAAGGAGAAAUGUUUUCAAUCUGGAUUUCAAAAGAGAGAUAGUAGCAGCACUUUGUAUAUUGUGAUUAAGUGAAUUGAAAGCUUUUGGACCCUGCAAUCUUAAACCAAAAAGUCUUAUAUUUGUUCGUGCAGGAAAUAAGUAGGAAGUAUUUGAAUUUCUGGUAUUAAAGGAAUGAAGUUGGUCACCUCGGAAAAGGUGACCACGACUGCUUAAUAGAUGUGACCACUUAAUGCAGGUCAGUUUUACAGGGAAAUGAUUUCCGGGACUUUGGUAAAUGACUGCUUGAUUCAGACGAGAUCGCUUGAUACAGGUUUGACUGCAUUCAUAAUGCAGUUGUAUCGCCUGUAAGCGACUCUUUAAAAUGCCCAUAGUUGACGGUUACUUAUAGAAAGGUGUUGUGGCUCAGUAAUGGAAGAUCAGUCACCCCAAAAAGUGGUUGCGGUCUUUUAUGAGAAAUGGUUGCUUAUCAGAGCUGCAAACUAUGAUGCUUUGACUGGGAUAAAUUUGUACUUUGUUGUUGUUGUUUUGUUUGUUGGUUGUUGUUUUUUUUAGUGAGGUGUUUUGAACAAAUGUUUCUCGCUGUUUUCCCCAGGGUGUGUCCGAUUUUUCAGAUUUCCAAUGUGACAGGAGAAAAUCUGGACUUGCUUAAGAUGUUCCUUAAUUUACUUUCUAUUCGCGCUCAUUUUAAGAGGGAUGAACCAUCUGAGUUCCAGAUCGAUGACACCUAUUCAGUUCCGGUAAGUCAGAGUGGGUUUACCUUUAAAGGAGCUGUGUCACGAAAUUCAGCCAAAUUAGGAAAUUACAAAAUGCCUGUUAAAUUAAGAAAAACAUAAAAACAACUGCUUAAAACUUUAAAGGAAGGUUAAAAUAACAUAACAGAAACAACAGAUGCCACGGAUGGGCAAAACUGAAGAAGAUUGAAACGGAUUGAAAUUAGGGUUUUUGAAAACUGUUCAGCCUAACAGUUUUUCAAAGUUGAUCCCUGCUACUUGCAACUUUAAAAAUAAUGCUCAGGAGACAUAUUUGUUUGUCUCGGAUCUCUGAUUUUGUUAUUUACAUGUAAUUUCUUUACUUACUUUAAGUUUCACAGCGAUUGAGGGCGAGCAUUGACAAAAUUAAACAAAAUGAACUGGACUGCUGUGACACAGCCCCUUUAAAUAAAAGAACUUGGUUAUCAAACUUUGUGGUUUUGUGUGCAAGUUAAAACUGUGCCGCGAAAAUAUUGCUAAAGCGUCAAAUAGUUGUAUUCACUCUGUGCAGUAAUCGAUAAACUUCGAAAGAAAGGUUGAUGCAUAUCGGUGGUAGAGUGAACCACAAGAAUUUGAUCUUAUGAACUGGGUUGAUUAUUGGCCAUCGUAAAAAAGCCGGAAUUAACGUCAACGAAGGGCCAGCGUUCGAAGUAACUUUUUAAUUCCCGUAAUGUGUGCUAAUUCUCCAAAGCAUCUCAGUUCGUGACAUUUUAAUUGUUUCAGGCUUAAGGCUAAUGGAAUCAGUCAAAAAGGUUGUUUUUGUAAUUUUCAGGGUGUUGGUACAGUGGUAUCCGGCACGUGUCUCCGAGGAACCAUUCGAUUAAAUGAUACCUUGUUACUCGGCCCAGACCCCCUAGGUCAGUUUCAGCCAAUCCAAGUCAAGACAAUUCAUCGUAAGAGAAUGCCUGUGAGAGAGCUUAGAGCGGGCCAGACGGCAUCAUUUGCAUUGAAAAAGGUUUGUUCUGUAUUCACCAUAACAUAUAAAUUUACCACUGAAGUAACGGCAUAAAGAUAAAGGUUAACGUCGGUAACUCGUAACAGUUAGGGAGCUCAAGCAACGACGACGGCGACAGCAACGAGAACGGCAAAAAACCAAUAGGUUUAGAUUGGCAAAAUCGCAAACUUUGCACGUGCAUCACGCUCUUUUGUACAUUUUUUUGCCGUCGACGUGAAAAUGCGUAAUUUCACGUUUUGUCGAGGACGGGAACACAAAACAAUUUCCUUUCUCGUUUCCUCAACUUUGAUACAGUCCUUUAGAAUUCAACUCCAAAGAAAUUUGCUAACAUUUGACGAAUUAAACGGGAUGGAAUAAGCGCGAUUAAGUUUGAGGCAGCGCGAAUUCACUUUUUAAAGCUCUUGACAUCAUCGAGAUGACGAGAGGAGGACUGAAUUACCAAGUUACAAUUUAGCCAUUUCCACUUUUCACUUCAGAUCAAACGAUCACAGAUAAGAAAAGGAAUGGUAAUGGUUGACAAACAAGUCAAGCCCCAAGCAUGCUGGGAGUUCGAAGCCGAAGUUCUUGUACUUCACCAUCCGACGACCAUCAGUACAAAAUACCAGGCUAUGGGUUAGUAUGACUGAAAAUACAUGCAGGGUGCGUUCCAUUGGUCGAAUUCCCGAAUAAGAAUACGCCAAAGUUUUGCUGCAAAUCCCUUGUAUCGUGCUUAUUGAACGCCAAAAUUAGUGAUUUCAACAGUUAAUUCCAUGUAUUCUUAUUCUGGAAUACGGUCAAUCGAACACGCCCUAAUAGACUUGACAACACUGAUUAUCGAUUACAAAGUUCGCUUACUUCCAGAAAUAGCUGUGGCCUUUAGUUGAAGAUUACCAGGAUGUUCUGAAGCCUUUUACUCCUUGUCGCUCUAUAAACUUGAUCUGUGGUCAGAGGAAACCCACGCGUUCUUGUCACCUGAUCUUUUAUUGCCGAGUUCCUCUCUCGUUGAAUAAAACUCAGUUUGUCAACGCUGUGUACCCUUUAAAUGCAGACGUAAUUCUAGUUUUCUCUUCUUUUCGGACGGAGAGAAGCGACAGCCGAGAAUACGUCUGCAAUGUAGUGCAACUCUGUAAUAGGCACCUUUCGAUAUAUUAAAAUUCAGUAUAAUAGCGAGUGUUAGAGGACACAAACAAAGAAAAUGAAUAAACAUGAAUAAUCAUGGUUUAUUCAUUUCUUUGUUUCUGUCCUCUAAGACUCGCUAUCAUGCUGAAUUUUAAUAUAUCGAAAGGUGGCCUGUUGUCAUAUUCUGUGUGUUUUUUCGGUUUGAUAAAUGAAGCCGGUGCCCAUCUUAUUUUUCAGUACACUGUGGAAGCAUGCGACAAACAGCAACAAUAAUACACAUGGAUAAAGACCAUUUAAGGACGGGAGAUAAAGCGAUGGUUCGGUUCCGUUUCAUAAAACAACCGGAAUUUGUUAAACCGGAUACGCGGAUGAUAUUCAGAGAAGGGAGAACAAAGGCUGUGGGUACAAUCCAGCGGAUAGACCCUACGGUACAUCCUCCGCCUCUUGUUGGCGGGAAAAUCAAGCACCGCGGGCCCGGCAGAGGGUCUGCGCUAUCACGUGACAAAGGCAGAGAGGGGGCAAGUGCGCAAGCGUCAACGAGCUCGGAAAGAACAGGCAAAAAGUGAUUGGAAAAUACCCGCUUAUAUAAUAGAAGCUAUUCGUAAUUUCUCUAGGGUUUCUUAUUUCAGAUUUUAACGUGUAUUUGUUGCAUCGUCUAAUUAGGUCUUAUUUCGGGUUUUUAUUGCGUAUUUUAAAUUUUAAGUCGUUUGUAAGUGAAUAUUUUUCCUUGCGUUCUUAGCCCAGGUAAACGCGUCAGAAGACUUCAAGACUACACACUUAUAUGAGUAGCUAUUUGCAAUUUUUCAGUUAGUGGUUUGUUUCGCAUUUUAUCUCAGUUACGUGCUCGGAGUUUUAGUGACAUUGAUACUUUUACUGCAAGUUUCUAAAUUGCUUAUUUUAAUCCCAGAGCGUUUUCUAACAUUCAAUUUUUUCUCAGACUAGGCAGCCGCAUCUGAAACCUUCCACGACGUUUAAUUUAUUAACCGAGCGAAGUGUAGUUAAUACUUCGGGUAUAACUCUUGAGUUCGCUUAUAAAACAGCAAAAAUUAUUCCCUCUUUGUGUGGUGUCUUUACCGUUUUAAACUCUAUCUCUUUUUUAAAACCUAGGUUUCCAAAGAUUUAGGGAUAAUUUAAAGGGGUGAAGCAUUUUUAACGACGUGUCACUCAGAGUACUGUGAUGUUGUCAAUCUUUUAAUGUUUUUAAUACAGUGCAUUUUCAGCAGUUAAAAGGGAUGCGAAGUUUUUACCUAGGUAUGUGAAGGGGGUACCAUUAGCAGGGGCGGAUCCAGGAUUUUUUUUAGGAGGGGGUGCACUCGUCUCUUGCUCUACUUCAACACCACCCCCUGCACCCUCCCCCUAGAUCCGCCCCUGAUUAGUCAAAAAUGGUAUAUAAAAGG